AAUUUACCUGAAAAGAGCCAGGGAUGAAGAACCUAAAAUUAGGCAAUAAGAGUGGCAGCAACUUCAACUUGCGGAGACGCAAGUUGAACAUUGGAGCCUCCCUCCAUGUCCUGCCCUCAAGACUUGAGCUCCAGCGAGCUUUCGGUGUGAACCAAGGAAGCUCCUCCAAAAGUAAGAAGAAAUUUGGCCAUAAACAGAUGAAUUCUCAGAUAAAUUCCAGUAAAAGUAUUGAGAAAAGCAAAUAUACUAAGUUAAAACAAAAGCGUAAAAGUAAAGAUGGAUACACAAAGAUGACCAUCCCGAAUAUCCCUAAAAGCUACAGCACUUAUUUUGAUAAAUCCAGAUUUGGCAAGAUCCAGAACAGCAGCAGAUUUCCAAACCUGAGCAUAUCACCAAACAAAACUAGAGUACAAGGAUUGAAAUAACAGAUACACACCUUCUUCGAAACAAGGCUAUUUUCGGGAUUCAUUACAAAGGAACACUAUCUCCCCAAAACAGGUUACUUCCACCAUGAAAUCCGGCAGUGCAUGCUCCAAACUAGGAAAAUAGCACAAAAAAUCAGUACAAUAGUGGCAUCAGCUCCCAAAAAUCUAUCAGCAAGAAGAUAAACUCUGAUUUUCUAAGCAGAAUCUCUGAAAGCCCUUCUCAAAGCUCCAAGAUAAUAUUUGCUAAUUCAGGAAGCAUGAUCAAUACAGAAACAGUGAAUAAUAUCAACCAGAUCAACAACCUGAAUAUGUUCAAAGUUGUAAUAUCAGAAGACAGGCUCAAAAAUGGGAGUUCAGCCUCGAAGAAAAUGAAGUAUUCAGCAUCCACCACACCUAAGACCAGUUUUCCUGAACGAAAAAGUUCCUAAAAAGGGCACCAAGAUCA